CUGCAUUGGUUUGGGAAUCUGGGGCAGGAUCAGGACCCGGACUUUCGAAAGACGUGACUUUGCUCCAGUCACUGGCUCCAAUGCCGCAGAUGUCCUUGGAGACAGCCUUCACCUGCACUUCGUACCGCAUUUAGUUUUUACCAAUGGACAAGACAGAAUUCUAUGAAGAUGCCAGUGCUGCAGUGGAAGACUGUCGGCCAAUGGAAGGAGUGUUCCACAGCCACCUGGAUGACAGGGUGCGGCCUUACAUAGACCUGAUUGACUCCCUCAGGAUGAUCGGCAUUGAGAAGGACCUGGCCUUGCCCACCAUCGCUGUGAUCGGGGACCAGAGCUCUGGGAAGAGCUCCGUACUGGAGGCCCUGUCUGGGGUGGCACUGCCCAGGGGGAGCGGAAUUGUGACCCGCUGUCCUCUUGCACUGAAGAUGAGAAAGUUGAGAGGAGGGAUCCAGUGGAAGGCCAUUAUCUCCUACAAAGAUGAGUUAAUCGAGUUUGAUGACCCAUCACUGGUGGAAGAGUACGUGGCUGAUGCGCAGGACAAGCUGGCUGGGGCAGGGGUGGGAAUCUGUGAUGAGCUCAUCUCUUUGGAGAUUAGCUCUCCUGAUGUAUGUGAUCUCACCCUGAUUGAUCUCCCUGGAAUUGCCAGGGUUCCUGUUAAAGGUCAGCCAGAUGACAUUGGAGAUCAGAUCAAAACUCUCCUCCUGAAUUUUAUUCAGAAGAGUGAAACCAUUAUAUUAGUUGUGGUUCCAUGUAAUGUUGACAUAGCAACAACUGAAGCUUUGAAGAUGGCACAGGAAGCUGAUCCUGAGGGGAAAAGGACUCUUGCAAUUCUGACCAAGCCAGACCUGGUUGAUAAAGGGACAGAGAAGAAUAUUCUAGAAAUUGUCCGAAACCAAGUGAUCCCACUCAGCAAGGGCUACAUCAUUGUCAAGUGCCGGGGCCAGAAGCAGAUUGAUGACAAGAUCUCCCUGUCUGAUGCCAUCAGAGCAGAGAAAGAUUUCUUUAGGCGCCAUGAGUACUUCAGUGGCCUUCUGCAUGAGGAGAAAGCCAGCACAGAGUGUCUUGCAACAAAACUGACUCAAGACCUGGUGGAUCACAUAAAAAAAUCCCUCCCUCUCAUCUCCGAGCAAAUUACUAAGCAGCUGUGGGACACCAGGAAGAUGCUGAGUCUGAUUCCAAGUGGGCCCCCUCUGGAACCCCACCAGAGGAAGAUCUACUUCAUCGAUACACUAACAGAGUUCAACGACCAGAUAAACCGAUUGUCCAAUGGGGAGGUUGUCAUCCAAGAGAACUUGUUCAUCCUGCUCCGAUCUGACUUUCAAAAGUGGAAAGAUCACCUGGAUGGCACCAAAGAAAGAUUUCACGAAACGGUGCAUGAAGUGGUGAACGAGUACGACCGGAAACACAGACGUCGUGAGCUGCCUGGGUUCAGCAACUACAGCGUGUUUGAGAUGGUUGUCCAGAAGCUGGUGGUGGAGCUAACGGGGCCAGCUAUAGACACGAUGAAGAGCAUCAGAGACACAGUCCAGAAGCAGUUCAUCGACGUGGCUAAAACCUGCUUCAAGAAUUAUCCUUAUCUUCAGUGUGUUUCAUCGAACAAGAUAGACAACAUACAAUCAACACAGGAGGCCCUGGUAGAGGGGAGGAUCAUGGAACAAUUUGAAAUGGAGCAGCUGGUCUAUACACAGGACAACAUCUACUACAAAACCCUGAAGGACAUUGCUAACCAGGAGGCCUCAGAGGAGAACUGCGCAGAAUUUGGCAGCAGGUCCAACUACCCAGACAUGCUCAAGGCCUACUACGAGAUUGUGGUCCAGCGGCUGGCUGACCAGGUGCCGAUGUUGAUCCGCUUCUUCCUGCUGAAGCAGUCGGGCCGGAUGUUGUGCAGGGAGAUGCUUAACCUGAUGGAUGGAGGCAAUGUCAACGAGAUCCUGCGUGAGGAGUCGGACGUCAGCCGCAAGAGGAUCGAAAUGCAGAACCGCCUGGAGCGUCUCACGCUGGCCCAGAAAAAGUUCUCCAGUUUCGUCUGAGGAAGAGAAGAUGGCACUGCAUCACAACGACCUUAUUUGUACAUAGAUCUGCACACAUGCUUAUUUCCCAUGCUAGCUUCAUGAUUUUUCUAAUUUGUGUAGAAUGUGGGAUGUAAUGAUGUGGUCAGAAGAUUGUUAAACUUGAAUGGCUUUUCCAAAUGAAGUUUUAUUUUUAAGCAUUAAAAAAGAGGCAAGCUAAACUUUUAUUAUAUAUGGUUUUGUGUGUUUGCUUAUAGUAGGGGUAGGGUAAGAAUAUGUGCCUAUGUAUAUUGGUUUGCAUGGAGGUGUAUACUGUUAGGGAAAAAUGAAACAUGCCAGUAAAAACAACAAUAGCUAUA